AUGCACGCUCGACGUUCCAUCUUGGGCCCUCCCGGUGCCAAGGAGGCCUCUCUUCCAGGACCCGACGAACAGCUAGAAUUGUACGGCGCGAGUGAUACAGCACUUGUACGCACGGACCGUCUUGCGCCAGUAUCGUUUGCCGCUCCUGCCUUAGCAUCACGCACUCGCACACAUCCUGCUCCCCACUUCCAGCCCCCGCCAGCGAUCGACUACAGCGCCGAACUGCAGCUUGCGGAACUGCUCAUGUCCGACACAGACGACUCGCUCGGUCAGCUGACACACCUCACUCUCUCUGCCAUGGUUCCCAAUCGUGCCCAACACUCCAAGGCAAAGUUUGCUAAUGCGCCCUCGCGAGUCCACCCUCGCCCAUCGAAUAGUCGCUUUGACAUGCGUUUCUCCUCUCGCUCUAUGCCUCUACCCUCACCUCCCGCAAUGCCAUCACUCUCCUGGUCAUCUUCCAGCAACAACUCCAGCCCCGCUACCGUAUCCACACGCCUCUCGGUAGAUCAUGUCUCCACUGAUCAUUCCCUAUCUCAGCCUGAACAUGAUGUCCGGCCCGUAAACCCCAACCCAAAACACGAGGAGCGGUCUUCUCCUCCCGCUCGAUCUCCCAUCAUUGAACAAUCUGACGACUUGUGCGCCGACUCGUCCGGGACCGUUACUUCGUUUAUCCAGUUCCCCGGCGACACCUGCCCUCCCCAGCCGGCACCCGCAGCCGAAACGGCUCCUCGGCGCGGCCACGAAGUCCCAAUUCGUCCCAAGCUUGUAUCGCGCGAGAGCGGCAGCACAGGCAGCAUCGGCAGCAUCGGUAGUGCAGCACCAGCACCAGGUGCGCGACGACCAAACCGGGCUGGCUCGAGUUCGAGUGUGGAUAGCCCUGCUCCAAAGCUCGAAGCGCCCUCGAUGCCUCCCUCUCUCGAGCGCUCGGGAUCGGGAUCGACGGUGCCUGUGGUGGUGCCUUCUAGCUCUGCGUAUCCAACAUCGUCAUACGGCUACCCUCCACCAAACGCGUAUUCCCAGGGAACCUACGAUUCAUCGGGGUCCGCUUUCAAUAACGCCUAUACCGGCUACAGCGCCCCAAGUUCUGGGUAUGUUCAAGUUGGCGCCGCCUCCGCCUCUGGAUUCAAACAAAACAACGCGAUUCCCAACUUUGAGGCGGCCAGCGCUGCAGCCUACGACUCUCUCAACCCAGGCUUCAGCGCGGUUCCGGCAUACGGAAGUGCGAGCCCGGGAUACGAUCGUCCCGAAUCCGGGUUUAACCAACCGUAUGCCGCGGCCGCGGCCGGCCCGUCGUCACAUAGCCCCGCGCACACCCACCCCCACCCCCAGUCCCAGGCCACCCCCCUGACUUCAUCCCCGGGUAGCAUCUCCCACGAUACCGGCUCGUACUUUACGAGUGUGCCCGGGAUGUAUGUUGCCCCCACCGCCCGGCGCCCGUCGGUCACGUCCGCGGCUUCCUCGCGCCGCGCGACCAUCACGUACACGCAGAUGCAGCGCGAUGCGCUCGGGUUUCAUGAUGCGGGGUCAAACGAUGUGUCGAGUGUGGGAACGACGGGUGAUGCAGCAGCUGUUGCCGGAUCAUCCAUCCCUACUGGUAGUGGUGGUGGUACUGGUACCGCUUCUGGAUCCUACUAUUCCUCCAGUUCGGGUCUGGUCGCGGCAUCCUACGAGACCCAACCGCUCAAGCAGGAAGAAGUCGUGCCCGAUAUGGGCCAGCCAUCCUGGGCCAAGGAAUCAUCAUAUCAGACGGGGUACUCGGAACCGCAAUGGGCGUCGGCCGCGGGGGCCGAGACCCCAUCUUACCACGCCUACCAUACCGGCUCGGGGUCUUCUACGGACCUGGCCGGGCCGCAUGAGAGCCAUGUGGCCAGUACUUCGGCUGGGUACGCUGCUUACUCUCAACAGCAACAGCCGCAGCAACAACCAACUCAGCAGCAGCAGUUGUACCUCCAUCAAACCCAGAGAGCUUAUCCCAGCCCAUCGGAGCAGCAGCAGCAGCAGCAACAAGCUCAGCAACACGAUGGGUAUGGGAAUCCCGUAUAUGCCAGUCGCUCAGCGCCCUAUGCAAUGAGCUCCGGAAUCGUGUCGGUUCCGAGACACGCGCAGGACUCCACAUCCUAUGGCUGGCCAAGCUCGGAGACCACAUGGAAUACACAGCCCGGGUAUCGCAGCUAG